CGUUGGUUGCAGCCGGGCUCCCCCGCUCGCCGCAGUGGUUCGGCCGCGGCGACCCCUCAGCGGCGCGUCCCCCGCUGCCGCGGUCCCGCUCCGCGUCUUCCCGGAGCCGCGAUCCCGCGCCUGUCGGUCGGCGGAGCCCUAGCCCCCCGCGAGGCCCGCGGCCUCCCGCUCGCCAUGGUCCGCCCGCGCCGCGCCCCGCACCGCUCCGGUGCCGGGGGCCCCCUCGGAGGUCGCGGCCGGCCGCCGCGGCCCCUGGUCGUGCGCGCUGUGCGCUCACGGUCCUGGCCCGCUGGCCCUCGAGGCCCGCAGCCCCCGCGGAUCCGGGCCCGCUCGGCCCCUCCCAUGGAAGGAGCUCGAGUUUUUGGGGCCCUCGGGCCCAUCGGGCCCUCCUCACCCGGGCUGACUCUUGGGGGACUUGCAGUGAAUGAGCACCGGCUCAGCAACAAGCUGCUGGCCUGGAGUGGCGUGCUGGAGUGGCAGGAGAAGCGGAGACCCUUCUCGGACUCCACAGCAAAGCUGAAGCGCACCCUGCCCUGCCAGGCCUACGUGAACCAGGGCGAGAACCUGGAGACGGACCAGUGGCCCCAGAAGCUGAUCAUGCAGCUCAUCCCACAGCAGCUGCUGACCACCCUGGGCCCCCUGUUCCGAAACUCUCAACUGGCUCAAUUCCACUUCACCAACAGAGACUGUGACUCGCUCAAGGGCCUCUGCCGCAUCAUGGGCAACGGCUUCGCGGGCUGCAUGCUCUUCCCCCACAUUUCCCCGUGUGAGGUGCGCGUGCUCAUGCUCCUGUACUCCUCUAAGAAGAAGAUCUUCAUGGGCCUCAUCCCCUAUGACCAGAGUGGCUUUGUCAAUGCCAUACGGCAGGUCAUCACCACCCGCAAACAGGCUGUGGGCCCUGGAGGCGUGCACUCUGGACCCGUUCAGAUUGUCAACAACAAAUUCUUGGCAUGGAGUGGUGUCAUGGAAUGGCAGGAGCCCAGGCCUGAGCCCAAUAGCCGGUCCAAGCGAUGGCUGCCAUCCCACGUCUACGUGAACCAAGGGGAGAUCCUGAGGACAGACCAGUGGCCGAGGAGGCUCUUCAUGCAGCUCAUCCCACAGCAGUUGCUGACCACCCUGGUGCCACUGUUCCGGAACUCACGCCUGGUGCAGUUCCACUUCACGAAGGACAUGGAGACUCUCAAGAGCCUGUGCCGGGUCAUGGACAAUGGCUUCGCGGGCUGCGUGCACUUCUCCUAUAAGGCCUCCUGCGAGGUGCGCGUGCUCAUGCUCCUGUACUCCUCGGAGAAGAAGAUCUUCAUCGGCCUCAUCCCGCAUGACCAGAGCAACUUUGUCAACGGCAUCCGCCGCGUCAUUGCCAACCAGCAGCAGGUCCUACAGAGAAGCCUGGAGCAGGAGCAGCAGCAGCGAGGGAUGGGUGGCUAGCGGACUCCCAGGCUGGGCAGGCCACAGUCCCAGACGAGGCCCAGCGGAGACUGGUGAGCAGCAUUUCUUUCCGGAAGCAGCGGGGUGGCCCUGACAUGAGGCACUGCCUUCUGGGACCUGUGUCCCUGGCAAGGUAUGGGUGCCAGGGCCUUAGGGGUAGGGUGCAGUCUCACCAGUAGAAGCCACCCCCUUCUACUGCCUCCCAGGUCAGAUGCUUCUGAGCAGGGGCUCCUGGGGACUGUACCUGCCCAGCAACCUGGAGAACAGCGUCCUGAGGUCUCUAAGGAUGGUCCUUGCCCUUGUAUGUUUCCCUAAUAAAGCCUUUAAGCCCA